AUGUCUAAUUCAAGUAGAGGCGAGAUCUCCCCGUCUUUAAUUUUUCAUCAUAGGCCCGCAACUUAUGGAUUUUUAGGCCAUGAAAGUCACGAAGACCCCGCAAUUCCGAUAAACCCAAACAUGCUAAAUUUUCUGAGUCCAUUGAUGGAAGAAAAAUUUAUCAAAGGUAUUUAUUGUGACAGAAAAGACAGCAAAAUGAUGUCCUUAGAGUUCAGAAACCAUUAACAUUAUUAACAUUAUUACAGGUGGCGUCUGCCUUAUUGGUUACGCAGUCACCAAGGACCUUCCCAUACGGGAGGUUCAUCCGCUUUGCGCCGUCUUCAGCUUCGCCUUGAUUGAAUUUGGACAAUGCUUCGCCGGGCAAGUGGUCGGCUCUGACACUGCCUUUCUUCUCCUUCAGCGCCUGAUGCCAUGGCACUUCUGAAGUAUGGGGUUUUGCUUCGUACGUCUCCUCCUUCCCUUGUCGGGCCCAGUGUUGAGUGGGCGGACACUGGACUUCUGCGGCUGCUGCAUGGGUGAACGAGGUUGGCCAUCAAAAAAUUCCAAAAAAUGGAAUUUCUGUUCGACCUCUCGGCAAAAAGGAAAAGUCUAGAUCCGGGACGUAACGCCCGGUUCCACGCUAGGCAGUUGCCCGAUUGGUCUGGGUAUUACCUACAGACUUAGCUGGGCUUGCCCUUUCCAAACCUAAACCCUCCUUUCCCUCGAGGUAAAACCCAACCCUGAAAUCGGACUGAGGGCUAGCUCUGUACAUUACCAGAAUUGCUUAUCUAGCAUUGCUGUCCAUUUCUAGAUUGGUAAAACCUUGCCGGAUAUAAUUAAAAUAUGUGCUCGGAAGUUGCAUGGCCGGAGGCUAUGCUAGGCGGAGACACCAUAUUUUAAUUAUCUAGAGUUCAGAAACCAGCUGAUGGUGUUUUAUAUUUAUUUGACACUGUACAUUACAAUUUUAGUUGCUUUUUCUAUUCUACUGAAUUCUGAGGGCAAAAUUUCUGACUCACAUUUGACAUUUCACCUUGUUUAUUUAACAACAAUUUUGGCUAUUUCAUAUCUUGCUUUAUACUCCUUCCAUAGAAGUCCUUAUUGCCUCUAUCACUGCCGCUUCAUUUUAGUAGCAGUUGGAGUUCUGUUUUUAAUUUAUUUAAUCAUUGGCGAUGAAAGAGUUUUAACUGGCCUCAUUUCAGAAAGCUAUAAGCCUAGUCAAAUCCCAAAUACUAUUGGAGUUGUAUGUUGGAUUGUGAUGAUGCGAAACAUUUUAUAUGACAGUUUUUAUUUAAUAGCCAUAUUGUCUAUUACGAGUGUACUUUUAUUUUUAUCUUUUUCCCUUGGAUACUCUCCAUUAAGCCAUUACUCAGUUUUAGCUGAAUGCUUAAUUAUGGUUUUAUUUUUGGGCUUGCAAGUGAUAGAAGCCCACAAAUACGAUUACAGAUCAAGGCAGUUAUUUUACAGAUCAGAGUGUGAGAAAGAAAAUUUUGACAUUCCAGAAAUUGAUGUUGAUAUGCAAGAUGUGGUAAAGUCAGAAAUUGAGCAUCUAGUAAGCUCGUGCGACUCGAUAAAAAAUGAUAUUAAAUAUGGGUACUCUGUUGUUAUGUUCGCUGAUGUUAAAAAUAGGCUUAAAAAUGCAAGCAUUGAAGUAGAAAAAAUCAAAAGAAGAAUCGCCCAUGGGCACUACUAUAAAGAAAUCCGAUUUAAAGAGCCUGAAGCAAUUGAUGAAGAAGAUAAAGCAUUUAUCAAUCAAAAUUACAUGGAGAUUAAGCAUGAAAAUGAAGUUUUUGAAAGGUCAGCAACCAAAAAGUUUACCCUUACCGAAGAAAAUGCGAAAAAUAAAAAAGCAUUUCCUUUCAGCAAUUAUGGAACUUCUAAGCUUGAAAGUGUUUUGGCAACACUAGGUAGAAACUGAAACUUUGAUAUUUGAUUUAUAUAUAAUGCUACUGGAAGUAGCGUUUUUGUAAUCGCCAAAUAUCUCUUAAAAAAAUGAAAACUAAAUGAAACCUUUAGCAUUGCUGAAAAUAUAAGUGAUUUGUAUUUCAAAGAAAUGGAAUCGAGCUAUAAAAAUAACCCAUAUCAUAAUGCCUGCCAUGCUGCUGAUGUAUGCCACUCGCUUCUGUUCUUUUAUCAUCAAACUACUCUUCACGCUUAUCUCUCAGCACUAGAUAUGCUAUCUUCUAUAAUUGCUGCGUUAGGCCAUGAUGUUGGCCAUCCAGCUGUGACAAACCGUUAUUUAAUAAAUAAUAAAGAUGAGUUAGCUUUUCAGUACAAUGACCAAAGUGUUUUAGAAAACAUGCAUUGCUCAACCACAUUCACUAUGAUGCAGAAACAAAACUGCAAUAUUUUAGCUGGAUUAGUAAGUGCUGACUGGUUCAAGGCUCGAAAACUCAUCAUAGAAAUGAUAUUAGAAACAGAUAUGUCUAAACAUUUUGAAAUUCUUGGAAGAUUUAAGACGAGAGCUGUUAAUUUAUCUGACAUUGACAUAGAGAAGUCAGAUGACAAAAUGAUUAUUAUGGCUAUGGGGCUUAAAUGCUCAGAUAUUGGGCAUAGUGCUAAAGCAAAAGAUCUCCAUGAAAAAUGAACACAAUUGGUUUGUGAAGAAUUUUUCAACCAAGGAGACUUUGAAAAACAAAAGCAGCAGCCAGUUUCAAUGUACUGUGAUAGAGAAACAACAAAUAUUCCAAAAAGUCAAGCCGGAUUCAUUAAGAAUAUUUGCUUACUCCCCCCCCAUCCUUGAUCGAACGACUCGCCAUCGUUCGAUCAAGGAUAGGGGUUAAAAAAACUUUUUUUGGGGAAAAAAAAUUUAUAUAUAAAAUAAAAUAUAUAUAUAAAUUGUUUUUUAUUUACUUUUAAAUAAGAGGGUUAAGAGUAUUUAAUAAUUAUUUUUACAGCAAAAAAUUAAAUUAAUUUCAUAAAAUACCAAUUUUUUAUAUUUUAAUUUAUUAGUUACCCCUUUAAACUGUAUAAAUUUUAAUUUGUUACUUAUUAAAUUAAAAUUUGUUUUUUAAAAAUUUUAAAAAAUCUCUAUUUUAUUAGAUUAUUGAGUUUUUUUUUAAAGCCCAUGUUGAUGACUAAAUUACUUUGAAUAGUUGAUUCCGAAGCUUUCUAUCGUCUCAAAGUCUCUGAAAACAACUUCAUUAGGUACAUCUUCCCAAGCUUUUGAUAACUAUUAUAUUUUUAUAUAUAUAAAAAUUGUCAUGAUAUGAAAAUCGUUCGAUCAAGGAUGGGGGUUAAUUUCCCCAAUUUUUAGGAAUUUUUACAGUCAAUCGUUCGAUCAAGAUUGGGGGGGAGUUACCAUUAUUUGAAGUUUGGUGCAAUUAUUUGAAAUCUGACGUAGUAAAUACACUUGUACUUGAGCAAAUGAAGAAGAAUUUAGCAAUGUGGGAAGCUAAAUCAAAGGGAAGGAGAGCCACGCAAAAGUUUUAUUCUGAUGAUACUAAAGGAAGUUCUGAUCUUAUUCGUCAUGUCAGUGCCUCAAAUAUUCAGCUGGAUAAACCGAAAAUAUAA